CCUAAUGGCUUAUUGUGAACUGCUGAUUGGACGGCACUCUAGUCACCGGAAGUUGGUAAUAGUGGAAAGUUAGGAGGAGAGGAUAAGCAUUCAGACGCUAAAGAGAGACGAUUGAGGAUUUUCAGGCGGGAAAUCGGUACCUAGAAACCAGCGAUCCGCUUUGAUUCAUAUCAAGAAUCCAUAGUCGGAGAUGGGACGCAGGAAGUCAAAGAGAAAGCCUCCACCCAAGAAGAAGAUGACCGGGAACCUUGACACCCAGUUCACGUGUCCGUUUUGUAACCACGAGAAGUCCUGUGAUGUUAAAAUGGAUCGAGCACGUAACACAGGGGUGAUUUCAUGUACAGUCUGCCUGGAAGAGUUUCAGACUCCAAUAACCUAUCUUUCUGAGGCCGUAGAUGUUUACAGUGAUUGGAUUGAUGCCUGUGAAGCUGCUAACCAAUAGAAGGACUCCUUUCUCAUUCAUAUGCCUUGUGAGAGGUGGACUUCAGCCAUUGCGUUUCAUACGGGACAUUGGGGAAUACGAAAUUAGCCUGUAUUUGACCCCGUGGGACCACAGCCCCUGAAACAGUCUAUAAAUACAAUAUAUUUUAACUGAAAGGUAGAGCCUAAAAGCAUUAGACACAGGGCUUUGUUUUUCAGAAUGCCGAGGGAGCGUUUUCCAUUGGUAAAGGUUAGUGUGUUUGUAAAUACAUUAUUGCAUUCUUUGUGAC